AUAUCUAAGAGACAAACUUAGAAAAGGGAAGUUCUGCUCUCAAAAAUAUUUUUGUAAUGCUCUUGGGUUAGCCGGCCCGCCGACUUUAAUUUUUUCUUAACCGGAUUUUCAUGUGAGCCACCAUGCCAGACGCCGGACCAAAUAGGCGCUCCUGCCCUAAACCGUCUUCGACAUCCUCUCCCUCACCCCGGUCCCCACUGGUUUCGCUCAAAGCCUUCGUCUUCCAUUAGAGCUACCUGAGAAGGAAAAGACGGACCAGCGGCAUGUGAGGAAGAAGAGAAGCUCCUGAGACUUGCGGAUUUAAGUUAUAAUGGUGUUUUGCACUGUUUGGAAGGAUUUAGCCUAGAUCCUGCCUAAACUCUGCUGUGAAACGGCCCCUAGUUUUUUAUUUUUUUUUUGAUAGAAGGUAAUGGCGGGACAAUCCGAUCCUCAUCUUUCAAUCUUUUCUGCCCCAGAGGUUGAGUUUUUGGCUGAGGACGAACUUGUUGAGAUAAUCCCGAAUAUAAGGAUGGAUGCUCUGAACAUGAUCUGUGGUGAUUUCGGUCCUUUCUUUCCACAAAUUUCUGCCAAGGUUCCAAUAUGGCUUGCAGUUGCUCUUAAGAAGCGUGGAAAAUGCUCUGUUAGGCCGCCGGAAUGGAUGUCUGUUGGUGUGAACUUCUCCCUUGAUCAUAUUGUUUAGCUAUAAUGAAUUGAAGUAUCCAGAUCUCUUACCGUAGGAUUGUUAUUUUCUAGAAAAAUUUCUGUUAAUGUUUCCAUUUUCUUAUUGCUGAACAGUUCAUGAAAAUUCAACAUGUGCAUGAACACCUAAAUUUUAAUAUUUACAUUAAUAGGCGCUCAAAUCUUCAAUAUCACAUAAAAAUACCACUUUUAUUAACUUUUUAAAAAUCAAAUACAUCUUUUUAUUCAUAGGUU